UCUCUUUCUCUCGAAAUGUGUACAAUAGCGGAAUCUGUUCAUUUUGCAGCAACAAAAAUGUAAACAAACAAAUGUUCCUGCGCAGCUGAGAGCUCCACCAAUUGCAAUCAUUUUUCUUUGUGUUGUUAUUCCAUUAUAUUUGACACUUUUUAUUCUUCCCCAAUACACGAUUCCAUUUCAAUUUACAAAAAGCGCCCAAUUCAUUGUGAAAGCAAACAAGGAAAAUCGAAUUGAUUGUGCUGUUGGCAUUCAUAGAGGACAGAGCAAACGGUUUUGACUUGAUUGUAGCCGAGAAAGGAAGCUGCAAGUAUGCUGAAUUUCUUCAAAGACGUAAUGGCUCCAACAACGCGUAGUGUAAAAUCUGAAGACAAUAAAGAUGGUGGCAUUUGUACAAAAAUGGGCAUCAGUGGUAAAAGUGCUGAAAAAUCUACACCAACUCUACAAAUGAAAGGCUACAAAGUUACAGACAACGAACGUACGAAAAAAUUCGGCAUUGGCGCUAAUACUCUACAAAUGCUCAAAGAUAAGGCGAAGUUAAAGUUUCCUAUUAAAGACUUAAGAUUGUAUAUGUCUACCGAUGGCUUUGAGAUUUCUGAUGAUGAUUACUUUCAAACGCUGGCGUCUCAAACACUAUUCAUUGUCGCUGGGCCUGAUGAGAUAAUAACAACAGAUGCUGAUUUUGAAUUUGAAAAGUUGUGCAAAAACUCACCUUUACUACGUGUGGCCGAUAUUAUAUAUGAAUUUAUAGAGAAAAAUCCUGAGCAAUUUCGCAAAAUGAUAACAGAUUAUGAAAAUCGUAAAAUUUGCCGUCAACAAGCGCUGGAUAGCAACAAACAGUCAUACCAAAGUAAGACACAACUCAGUCUGCGCACGCAACAUAGCGAAUGGUUUGCGGGUCAGGAAGAACGUUGCCAUUCGAAGGAGGAGGCAAUGGCGAGACGCGCACAAGAUCGUAUGCGUAGCUAUUAUUAUAAAACUAAAGAAGAGCUUACGCGCAAUAAAUUGUAUCGACAAAAUCUCAAAGCGCGUCACAUUAUAGAUGCAGUAUUGGAACAAUUCCGUUAUUUGCUUAUCGGCUGUGAUUACUUUUCAAUGCUAUUCGAUCGUAAGUGUCCGAAUAAACAUGCCAUCCUACAACAGCAAUAUGAUGAUGAUGAAACAGACGCCACAGCAAUGUUGCCAAAUAAACGUUUACGUCAGGUUAUUAAAGAAUAUACAGCGCGACAUGAAAUACUAGACGAAUGGUCUGUAUCACUUUGCACCGAUUUUGGUGACUUCUACUGUCAGGGUAGCUAUUCGGACAAUGGCAAUUGUUGCGCCCUCAAACACACCAUCAACCCGUAUGCAUCACGUGAAAAUCUAAUACUCUUUCAAGUAUGGAAUUUAGAUCACCAAAUUGAAUUGUCACGUUCCAUAUUGCCGGCAUUAAUUGAAAACGUACGACAGUUGGUGGAACAACCCCAAGUGAAGUGUACGUUACAUAAUAAACGUGUUAUUGAUAUUUCUGUAUUGGAAUACUUUUUGGAAAUAUUUUCAUUGAAAAAUCUGAAAUUAGUGCAUAUUGUUUGUCACGAUAAAACGCAACGUGCGAAUAAAUCCAAUGGACGGUUGGUUUGCGAAAAAUGUCAUGAAUACAAAAUUGUACAAGAGCUGAUGGGUGUGCGUGAUAAUGAAGAUGCUGUAGACGCGAAAAGUUAAAGAAUUACAAGAAUGAAUGCAUAAGUGUUUUUUUUUUUUUGAGUAGUGGUUGUUGUUGAAAGUUUAUGAAACAAGCUAAUGAUGAGUUUUUGAAAUGAACAUUUCUAGGAAAUAGGAAAAGUUAUAAAAAAUGAGUAAUGUAAUCAAGCAUGCCAAAAGCUACUCUUAUUUCCCCUAUUUUUGGGAAAACGUAAACCAUGAGGCGAAAUUCUCUGAGCCUAAUACUAUUUUAAGACUAAAGUAAAUCUAAAUUAAGCAUUUAUACUCUGCUAAGCCAAUAAAAUUGGUUACCCUUACUUCUUAAAUGCACCAUGAUUUUAAUAAAAUGAAACAUAACCUAAAAAAAACUUACACACUUUAACUACACGCAAUCAAAACCUUUAUGCUCCUAUUAAAACACAAAUUAACUUAACCAGUUCGCACUUUGUGAAAAUAUAUCAUGAUUUACAUUGUUUUAUUUUUAAUUUAUAAUUCAAAAAAUAUUCUUAAACCAACUGAACUCAUUUAACUUGCCACUAUACUCGUUAAAAAGCUAUGCUUAGCUGAAUCUAACUGUUGGAGAGUUCAAAGUAAACUAAAAACAAUAAAAAUAAUAAAUAAAUUAGCAAUACUGCAAAUACUAUAUGUAACUUACAAUAUCCAUAUGUACAAAUAUAUACAGAAAUAGUAAAUCAUAAUCGCCUAUUUUAAAAACCAUACAAAAAAAUAUUGUAAUUAUUCAUAUAAUGGACUUCUUAGUAUUAUUAUUGGCCAAAAUAAAGACAAAAUAUUUUACAUAUGCUAACCAAUAUAAACUGCUGUUAAUUAGUAAAUAGGAAAACACUUAGCAAUGUUCCAUACUCUUGUAACUUUAAUUAAGUAAAAAUUGAAAUUAAUAACUCUGAGCAUAUGCUCAUGCAUAUACAUACAUAUAUAAUGUUUAUUGGGCUGCGAAUGUACUUUAGCAUACACAUGUGCUUGUUAACUAGGAUUUACUGCUUUAUAGCUUUUAAAAGGCAUUAGAAAAUACCUACGACAUUAAAAUGUUGCUAUAAAAUUAUAUAAAAAAAACUAUUGUUGCUAUGUAGAUGCGCCAUAUUCUACUAUGUGUAGUAGUGUUAUUGUUAUAGUAGUAGUUAUUAUAGGUGAUACUUUUUAGAGUUGAAUAGAGAGUUGACAAGACACUUUAGAGGACAAAAUAUAUGUAUUUUAUAUAAAAAAUGUUUAAAACAUAAUUAAAU